CUUUAAGCGACCAAUCAAUAUCUUUGGGACGCCAUUUAAAAAAGGGCAAUCAUGAACUUGUUUAAUAAAACAUAACAUUUGUAAUGGAUAAAAAUCGAAGGAAAGGUGAAAGUAGGAACAGCUUGCUUUCUGCUCUCUUUGGAAGAUAACACCAAUGAAGGAAAGAAAACUUGUUCGGCUUUCUUAAAAAGAUGGUCCAGCUAUGUUCAGUCAACCACAUCAGAUUCAGAGGACAAUAUGCCAAGUAGUGAUGAUUCCUUCACUGAGUCUUUAACUGAUGUGCCAGACCUUUCUUUGGAUGAUGGAGUUGAGACGUUGAUAAAGGCACGUGAUUCUUCUACGAAAGACACUAAUGAGAAUGAAGCACAAAAGAUGUUUUUGGGAAUAUUUGAUGUCCACAUUGAAAAUCUCAUCCCACCUUCGCCAAAAAGAGCAUCAAGACUGCUGGACCUUGAACACGUGAAGUUUUUAAUGGACUCUUUUCAAAGUGGAGUUUUUCAACAACUUACAAUCCUGGUAGGAAUGGUCCCUGACGAUUGUGACCCGUCGAUAUUAAAGAUGAAAGGUGCCGGACAGGUUGAGACCCUUGGAGGGAACCACACAAGGGAAGCCCUUCAGGGUCUUCUAAGGCGUGGUCUCGCAACUAUAACCACAGUCAAAAUGAAUAUUUAUUCAGCCCUGUCAACAUGCACAGCCUUAACGGUGGGUUGGCAGCACAAUGUUUGCUUGCAGGAGAAGCAAAAGCCUCUAAGCUUCAUUGACAAGGUGAGGCUUAUGAGACAGGUUCGCCCAUCAAUGCACAUGUCACCAACGGAUAUGAAGGCUUGGAAAGAAGCUCUUUCUUCCAUCUUUCAUGUGAAGGACAUCAGAAGAUUCCAGAAUUCGUAUGGACUGCAUAUGAAGAUGGCUCAGCUUGAACAGAGAGUUUGGGCCAUUGUGGAGGAAGUCUCGGGUGGUGCAGUGAAAAUCUCUGAAAAAUUCUUCAGACCACUCUUGAAAAUUCAAUCAACCGAGGAUAUUGAGUCGUGUCUGAACAUUCUGCGAAGCAAAGGAUUAGCUGAAUAUAACAACAAAAUAAAGGAAUUUUUUGGAUCCAGACCACUUACAAAAAAAAGAAAGCAAACUGACCUGGAAGAUGAUGCCAAUGAGAAAUGUUCAAACACUUCUGAGGGACUCCUUGAGAAGUACAGCAAGGUAGUUGAUGAGCUUCAAAUGAUGAAGGACAAAUGUUCCAAACUGAAAACGGAAAACUCAGAAUUGAGGCGUCAACUGACAGAGCAUUGCUCGAAGUCCAAGGAAAAUUCAUCAAAGGACAAAGAAAUUGAAGCAUUCUGGAGAUUUGAAGACGGACGAGAGGAAUGGUUGCCGGCCAAAUUGAUUCGAAAAUAUGCUAACGGAGAGUGUUCAGUCCAGUACUCUGAUGGAGUUAGUAGAGUGAGGUCCUCAUGGGUGAGAGAGGUGGGACAGAUGUAAGGUCAUCCUAUUGCCACAUCUAGAAGUUAUACCUAUUUUCUCAAGACUAAAAAUGUCGUGAACUUAAAAUAAAUGUUGAUAUCAAUAUUUGCAACCAGAGUACAUAUUAAGGCACUUGAUGUUAUUUUUCUGAAUGAUUGAAGUCAGGUUUCUCAUACUAAGACAUUUCCCUGUCAAGUUAUGGAAUUAACUUAAAUUUUAUGGUGUGAAAUUUCUGUUUUAUAAAAAAUGCAUAGAUAAUUUUUAUCAAAUUGUGAGACUGAUAGCUUCAUUUUUUUUAUAAAAUCAUGCAAAUGAUUGCCCUUUUUUUGAAGUAAAAGAAAAAAAAAAUGAAUUUUACAUCACACUGAUGAUCAUAUUAAGUGUAUGCAUUAUUCUACAUGAUUUUGUUCAGUUUAAUGUUGGAAUUGAAUAUUCCCUAAUCAACAAUUUGAUUCUCUUUACUGCACUUUUGUUUAUGUGCAUUAUCCAAAGAAUGUUUGAAUUCCAUUUUGAAAUGCUUGAUGAGAACUUGUGGUUUCACUUAGGUAUAUGCUUUUUUCAUUAUUGGUUUUGUUCAGUGGUGGUGGUCAUAUUCUUCUUAUGUCAUUUCGGUCAGUAGAAUAUGGGACUUGUAUAUAACAGUUUAAAUGUUUGAAUAGUUUAUGAGAUUAUUUUAAAUAAAACUAUUUUUGAAUUUCUUUCGCUAUAUAAUCAAAAGUUAAUUAAAGAGAUUUCACGUUUCUUACUGUUGCAAUCAAUUUAAUAUCUUAAAAUAACCUGAGAUCUUUUAAGAAACUAGACAAAAAAUAAGUUCUAAUGGUGAACAAUUCAUAUUCAGUCAGCCUUUGUAAGCCAUUGUAACUGUGUUCAUGUGCAUUAUUCUAACAUUUUUUUGAUUUCGGUUUAGAAAUGCUUUGUAUGAACUUGUCUUCAUUUUAAAAUGCUUAAUUAAAAUUGAUUUUGUUAAUUUGUGAUUACCAAUGUUUUAUUUUGUAUGUCCUAUAUGAUGUUUGAGUAUUUCAGAGAAACAAUAAAGUUUUGCCCUUACAAUACAUACUAAAAUUGUGGCAGAAUUGUUUAGUAAUGAAAAUACAAAUUGCAGCAAUUGCACCUGUUAAAAAACUUUGAAUGGUUAUACAUGUAAUAGCGGUAAAGAUUGUUUUAUUUAAAUAUUUAAUUUUUCAUAAUGACUUCACAUGUUAAAAAAAAAUGUUUAGCAUUUUUUAAUACUUGUAUAUUUUGAGAACUAAUUUAAGUGUGACAUAAAUAAUAUUGAAUCAUUCACACUAUUUAAUAUAUAUUUUCUGACCUGCUGACUGGUGGAUUGAGUACAUAUUAGUAUACUGGUAUUGUUUUUUAUUUUUGAAAUUUCACUGAUUGAAAAUUUACACAUCAUUUUGUGUGUUCUGUAUUUACUAUGCCCCCCUUCGAAGAAGAGGGGGUAUAUUGCUUUGCACAUGUCGGUCUGUCGGUCGGUCCGUCCACCAGGUGGUUUCCGGAUGAUAACUCAAGAACGCUUGGGCCUAGGAUCAUGAAACUUCAUAGGUACAUUGAUCAUGACUCGCAGAUGACCCCUAUUGAUUUUGAGGUCACUAGGUCAAAGGUCAAGAUCACGGUGACCUGAAAUAGUAAAAUGGUUUCUGUAUGAUAACUCAAGAACGCUUAGGCCUAGGAUCAUGAAACAUGAUAUGUAGAUUGAUCAUAACUCGCAGAUGACGCCUAUUAAUUUGCAGGUCACUAGGUCAUAGGUCAAGGUCACAGUGACCCGAAAUAGUAAAAUGGUUUCCGGAUGAUAACUCAAGAACACUUAUGCCUAGGAUCAUGAAACUUCGUAGGUAGAUUGAUAAUGGCUGGCAGAUGACCCCUAUUGAUUUUCAGGUCACUAGGUCAAAGGUCAAGGUCACGGUGACCCGAAAUAGGAAAAUGGUUUCCGUAUGAUAACUCAAGAACACUUAUGCCUAGGAUCAUAAAACUUGAUAGGUAGAUUGAUCAUGACUCGCAGUUGACCCUUAUUGAUUUUCAGGUCACUAUAUCAAAGGUCAAGGUCACGGUGACCUGAAAUAGUAAAAUGGUGUCCGAUGAAAACUCAAGAACGCUAAUGGCUACGAUCAUGAAACUUCAUAGGUACAUUGAUCAUGACUUGCAGAUGACCCCUAUUGAUUUUGAGGUCACUAGGUCAAAGGUCAUGGUGACCCGAAAUAGUAAAAUAGUUACCGGAUGAUAACUCAAGAACGCUUAUGCCUAGGAUCAUGAAACUUCAUAGGUGCAUUGAUCAUGACUCGCAGAUGACCCCGUUCGAUUUUGAGGUCACUAGGUCAAAGGUCAAGUUCACCGUGACGCGAAAUAGUAAAAUGUUUUCCGGAUGAUAACUGAAGAACGCUUAUUCCUAGGAUCAUGAAACUUGAUAGGUAGAUUGAUCAUGACUCGCAGAUGACCCCUACUGAUUCUCAGGUCACUAGGUCAAAGGUCAAUUUCACGGUGACCCGAAAUAGUAAAAUGGUGUCCGGAUGAUAAAUCAAGAACGCUUAUGGCUAGGAUCAUGAAUCUACAUAAGUACAUUGAUUGAUUUUCAGGUCACUAGGUCAAAGGUCAAGGUCACAGUUACAAAAAAUAUAUUCACACAAUGGCUGUCACUACAACGGAGAGCCCAUAUGGGGGGCAUGCAUGUUUUACAAACAGCCCUUGUUAUGACUUGUUUUAUAAUUUGCUAAUAAUUUAAGAACUUAUACAUUUAAAAGUGGUUUACCUUCCUUUUUUUCAGUGAGAUUUUUUCUGCGUGAUUAUGCAUUUCUGGAAGUUUGUACCGCCGGCGUAACAUUUUUAAACAAUUAUCUGUCAUUGUGUUUAUGAUCCUCUGAGAGUUUGUACCGCCAGCGUAACAUUUUCAAAGAAUUAUCUGUUGUGAUUAUGAACCUUUGGGAGUUUGUACCGCCAGCGUAACAUUUUCAAAGAAUUAUCUGUUGUGAUUAUGAACCUAAGAACUUAAACAUUUAAAAGUGGUUUAUCUUCCUUUUUUUCAGUGUGAUUUUUUCUGUGUGAUUAUGCAUUUUGGAAGUUUGUACCGCCGGCGUAACAUUUUAAAACAAUUAUCUGUCAUUGUGUAUUUUCUGAGAGUUUGUACCACCAGCGUAACAUUUUCAAAGAAUUAUCUGUUGUGAUUAUGAACCUUUGGGAGUUUGUACCGCCAGCGUAACAUUUUCAAAGAAUUAUCUGUUGUGAUUAUGAACCUAAGAACUUAAACAUUUAAAAGUGGUUUAUCUUCCUUUUUUUCAGUGUGAUUUUUUCUGUGUGAUUAUGCAUUUUGGAAGUUUGUACCGCUGGCGUAACAUUUUUAAACAAUUAUCUGUCAUUGUGUAUUUUCUGAGAGUUUGUACCACCAGCGUAACAUUUUCAAAGAAUUAUCUGUUGUGAUUAUGAACCUUUGGGAGGUUGUACCGCCAGCGUAACAUUUUCAGUUAAAUUUUAAGAGUUAUAUCAUUUUGUGUGUUCUGUAUUUACAUUACUUGUAUAAUUUACUAUUAAAUUAAGAACUUAAACAUUUAAAA